AUGUGGGUGUGCACCACAUUUUAUAAGUAUCAGGUCGAAGCCAGCAACAACGACCUGCAGAGCAUAAAGCCCUGCAGAUCAUUUUGUCACCGGGUGGAACAAAAAUGUCCUUUCUUUCUGCCUUUAGACAAAGGUCCAGUACAUUAUGCUGGAGAACCAGCUUUCUUGUGCCUAGACCCUAAUAUUGAAGAGACGGGUGAACAAUUGGAGAAGUCCUCGUAUGGACCAAGCACGUGCUGCUACGACGCAUGUGGGUCGGACGUAUGCCUUCAAGGCAACUGUGAGGUUGCAGAAGCUGUGACGGACUCGGAAACAUCCAGCAGCAGCAGCCGAACGUUAGUAGCAACACCGCUCAUUGUCCCCCUCCUACUGUACAGGACUAGACUCCUCCUCAUAUAGCACAGACUCUUCUAAAGCACAGCGCUCACACCUCUAGCCUCAAGUCACAUUUUUCACCUUCGCCACUGUCUUACAGUGAUAUUUGUGGAGAGGACAAUGUUUUUUCAGACAUGUGUACAUAAUAUUUACGAUAAUUAGACUUCAUUGUGGCCUUGCAAAGUAAUAAAAAAUAAUAAUAAAUGAUGUGCACUCUAUGCUCCUGAGAAAAAUGUUUGCUGGGCAAACUAUUCUCUGCCAAAUGACUUGCACAUCAAUUAAUAAAUAAAAUAAAAGGGAAAAAGAUUGUAAGGAUAAAUUUUUAUACGCUACCCCUUCCCCUUCCCAAUUCCUUUUCUUUGUGAGAGUGAUCUCCAGAGACUUUUUUACUUUUAUGUGAUGAGCAGGGCAAAGAGUUAUUUGAAAACUUUUUGGUGAAAAAUGUAACAUGACGCAAUAUUGGUAAAAAAAAGUGCAAAAGUGAUACAGUUUAAUGAGAAUUGAAGAGACUUAUAUAAUUUAUCGAAGGAUUUUUGUGUUAUAAUGAGAAGUGGACAAGACUUUUAAAAAAUUAUUAAAAUGUAACAAAAGUCCAUAGGUGCCUGAGUGUUUGAUUAGGGGUCUGCCUUGGAAGAAGUG